CAGACCUUGCUUGUUAUAGUGUCUUCCUCCAUUGAGAUUUUCAGAGAGGGAGAUAGCUAAGAGAGAUGACUACAGAUUGGGGACCGGCGGUCGUGGCGGUGGGAUUGUUCAUAUUACUGUCACCGGGGCUAUUGUUUCAGCUACCAGCAAGGACAAGGGUGGUGGAGUUCGGGAACAUGUACACCAGUGGGAUUUCAAUUAUAGUUCAUGCCAUUCUCUACUUCUGUAUAUAUACUAUCUUGGUCAUUGCGUUUCAUGUUCAUAUACUCGCAGGUUGAUCAA